AUGGAUGAUAGCUUAGCUUCCUACAAUAUGAAAAUGCCAUACUGGGACAGUAGAAUCGAGCAGCGGAUGAACAAUCCACUGAACUCUCCUCUCUUUAUGAAUUCAUUUUUCCCGAGUACAAAGAACUUCAUUGUGCAUGACGGACUAUAUAGAGAUGAUCUCAUUCCGAUCAACUUUGAAAGAGAACAAUCACUCAAACUUUUUCUGACUUCUAUAAAAACCUCGAAGAAUGCUCAACUUCUUUCGUUAUUGAACAAGAUAGGCAAAGCACUUCUGGCUGAGUUUGCAAAAUCGCCUUGUCAUUCAUGUCGUACUCCCAACCCAUAUCUCCAAUGCAAUGAAGAAACUACUAUUUGUGAGAGUAAAUUACGGCCAGGAUCAAUUUGUUCUACUCAAUCAGCUGCUCAAUGCUACAAUUCCAUCUGUAUUAGUAAUCUGUGCAGUGUAGGAAGCAGAUCAUUACCACCUCCAUUGGUUAAAAUACCCGAAAAGAAGAACACCCAGAGUAAAAGACUCAUAUCAACGAUUAUGCUUCCUCAAAUGCAAUCUUCUAAAUAUCCUGAUUCUGAGUACGAUGUAGCAAAUCCAUCAGAUCUCAGAAAAUAUUCAAAAUACUCGGAUAUAAAAUCCACAAGAAAGACUUAUGCAGAAAAUUUGAUCAAAAAUAUCAAAAUAACAAUGACAACUCAUAAUGGCAAUAAUGGAACAACAAAAAAUUUUGCAACUAAGACAAACCAUGGAUUGACAUCGUCAGUCAAACAACCCAAAUCAGCUUUCCAUUCUCAGGGAUUGCCGAGAAAACUCAAAAGAGCUAUGCAUUUCAACAGUAUUCUUCCUUACCCAACUGCUUACUUUACAAUCAAAGUGAUUCACGGGCAACCCAAGAAUCUUACGAAUAUCAAGUUCAGCACGAGGAACAUUGAGAUCUACGGAAAAGGACAGGGAACGCCAUAUUACUUCACUGAUAUAAUAAAGGGCAGACAGGUCAGCUCCAACCACUUCAUGAUAAGAGUACCUGAUCCAAACUUCGCCGAAUUUGUCGAAGUUAGGGUUAUUAUAAAGGAGAAUGGAAAGCGAUGUAAUGCUAAAUGUCUCACAAAUAAGGGAACUUACAAGCUUUGUAACAAGAAAACGAUAGUUUUGAGUCGUUUUGUCAAUUUUGGUGAUGAAAUUCUCUACUAUAAGUCGGAAAAAGAAGCAGAAAUAUCGUUGUGGACUCUAACUCCACAUCAGCUGAGUACUAGACAGGAUCCUGUUUUAUUUUCUUGUGAUUGA